AUGGCGAACCAGUUGGAGAAUUUGGUGGAGUCGAUAAAGUCUAAGGUUCGUGCCCUAAAGAAGUCCAAGAAGAAGCCAUACAUUAAAAUGGAUAAGAGCUCAAGCGUCAAGAUUGAGAUCCGUAGCAAGCAAGCUCGUAAGCUCAUCGACAAAACCCUCAAAGCCGCUGAUCGUCCCGGUAAACAUAGCAUUCCGAUGUGGUAUGUUGGACCAACCAGAAGCAAACAUUUGGCAUACUCUGCCAACAAGUGCAGAGGUGAUAAUGCUCGGUCUCAGAGGAUGUCCUCAGGGAUGUGGUAUGUUGGACCAACCAGAAGCAAACAUUUGGCAUACUCUGCCAACAAGUGCAGAGGUGAUAAUGCUCGGUCUCAGAGGAUGUCCUCAGGGUAG